UGUGAAAUUCUGCAUUACCGGUUACUACUUCAACGUUCAGGGCUGAAAGUCCCGAUGAUAAAUGUAAGGAUGUGGUUUUCAUAAAAAGUAACCGAAAAUAAUUCAAAGAGAAAGAGAGAGUAAUGUCCAAAACUUGACAUUUGGUAUCAUUGUGAUGAAAAAGAGAGUUCAUGAUGUUGAAACCGCUAUAUAAACAACCCAAGACUCCUCCUCUUUUUCAUUCUCUCCCUCACUUCUUCUGCAUGCUCUUCAAUUCUUUCUCUCAGAAUGGCAACAAAAAAGUGGCUAAGCAUAGUUGUGGAUGGGAACUCAGCUUUGACUCCUUCUUGGCCCAAGAUUGUUUCUGAGUAUCUUGCAAAGAUUGUCAGGGCCUUCUUUGACAACUCAAGAAGACAGGUAGUUAUUCCUUCUUGUGAGCUUGGUUUAAUAAUGUACAACGCCAACAAUUCAGACCUAGGUUAUAACGUCCAAUUUAUCAAGUGGACAACAGAUGUAGAUCACUUUUUAGGCACUCUGUCGCGUUUAACUUUCAAUGGGAAUAAUGAAAACCAACAUACCAUAGUACAAGGUUUGGCAGAAGCUUUAGUGAUGUUCACAAGAAAUAUGUCAGUAAAAGAGUACUUCAAGGGUGAAAGACAUUGUAUUCUUGUGGCAACAGGUGACCCUGUCCCACAGAAAAUGUUAGUAACUUUGCCUACAGUUGAAGAAGGAAAAUUUGUUGUAGAAAAUUUCAAAAUUUUAAAUGCUCACUUUUUAGAGGUGGCUAAAAUGUUUAAAUCGCUAGAAGUAUCCCUUUCAGUAAUUACUCCAAAGCAACAUCCAAUGUUUCGCUCGAUUUUCAAUGUGGGAAUGCUCUAGUGGAAAACACUCAUGUCAUUAACUAUGGAAAUGAUCAGUUUACUGUUUUUUUGUCAAGAAACUUUAAGGAGG